AUGGAUUCGGUGCCUUCGAAUUCACAUGGAAACCUCGAUGAGCAGAUUUCUCAGCUCAUGCAGUGCAAACCCUUGUCCGAGCAAGAGGUAAGGGUAUUGUGUGAGAAGGCAAAAGAGAUUUUGAUGGAAGAGAGCAAUGUCCAGCCUGUGAAAAGUCCUGUUACAAUUUGUGGUGAUAUUCAUGGGCAAUUCCAUGAUCUCGCUGAGCUUUUUCGUAUUGGAGGGAAGUGUCCAGAUACAAAUUACUUGUUUAUGGGGGAUUAUGUUGACCGAGGCUAUUAUUCUGUCGAAACUGUCACGCUUCUGGUUGCCCUUAAAGUGCGGUAUCGACAACGUAUCACUAUUCUGAGGGGAAAUCAUGAAAGUCGUCAGAUUACUCAAGUUUAUGGCUUUUAUGAUGAGUGCUUGCGGAAGUAUGGGAGCGCAAAUGUUUGGAAGAUCUUUACCGAUUUAUUUGACUACUUUCCAUUGACAGCUUUGGUUGAAUCUGAAAUAUUUUGCCUUCAUGGUGGAUUGUCACCAUCUAUUGAAACCCUCGAUAACAUACGAAAUUUUGACCGCGUACAAGAAGUUCCACACGAGGGACCCAUGUGUGAUCUUCUAUGGUCUGAUCCGGAUGAUCGAUGUGGUUGGGGCAUCUCUCCUAGAGGUGCUGGAUAUACCUUUGGCCAGGACAUAUCUGAGCAAUUUAACCAUACCAAUAACUUGAAGCUGAUUGCCAGAGCUCAUCAGCUGGUUAUGGAAGGAUAUAACUGGGGUCAUGAUCAAAAGGUGGUUACUAUAUUUAGUGCACCUAACUAUUGUUAUCGUUGUGGGAACAUGGCAUCAAUUCUUGAGGUUGAUGACUGCAAAGGACACACAUUCAUUCAGUUUGAACCUGCUCCAAGGAGGGGAGAGCCAGAUGUAACGAGGAGAACGCCUGAUUACUUCCUAUGA